AUUUUUCGUAAAAGUUCUUUUCAGCUGAAAAACUCCGGAAACUGCGUCAGUGAGACCUCGCGUCUGGAUGCUGCGCAUGCGCAGAGAGAACAGCGGAAGUAAACAAGCAGUAUGCUCCCGCGUGCAGCGUUGGAUCUUACGCUUCAUCCUGCUGCCAUGAUACCACAGAAGAAGAAGAGGAGGAGGUCAGAGGUGGAGGCGUGUCCUCUACCUGUAGACAUCAACACACCUGAGAGAGCAGAGGAGAAGAAGAAGAAGAAGGAGCAGAGCGAAGAGGAGCACCUUCAUUCUGCUGCCAUGACACCACAGAAGAAGAAGAAGAGGAGGAGGUCAGAGGUGGAGGCGUGUCCUCUACCUGUGGACAUCGACACACCUGAGAGAGCAGAGGAGAAGAAGAAGAAGAAGAAGAAGAAGAAGAAGAAGAAGCAGCAGAGCGAGGAGGAGGAGGCUGGUGCUCCUGCUGCAGAGGAGAGGAGCAGCCAGACGGAGAAGAUAAAGGAGGAGCAGAAGGAGAAGACCAUAGAGACACAGAAGAAGAAGAAAAAGAAAAAGAAGAAGCAGCAGCAGAGUGAGGAGGAGGAGGAGGCCGGUCCUCCUGAGGAGACGGAGGAGGCCUGUCCUCCUGAGGAGACGGAGGAGACCGUAGAGAGCAGCCAGACAGAGAAGAAGAAGAAGAAGAAGAAGAAGAAGAAAAAGGAGCUGAGUGAGGAGAGCAUUGCCACGGCAACAACAGACCGUAACCACGGAGACACAGAGUCACAGAAGAAGAAGAAGAAGAAGAAGAAAGAUGGGAGCGUGGUGGAAGUGACGUCACAGGAAGGACAGGUAGCAGCAGCAGAAGAAGAAGAAGAGCAGCUGGAUGAGGUGCUGCUGGACGAGCUGCAGCAGUUUGUUCCAGAUGUGAAGAAGAAAUCAGCUGAUCAGAUCCGGAAACUGCUGAGAUACGACCUGCACCGCUUCAAGGACUUCAAACAGCAAGGCGUGGCGCUGCGCCGCGGCCGCUGCACUCGUCAUGAGAACCAGCGAAUCAAAGAGAACGUGGCGGACUUCCUGGCUCUGACGGGGAUCAGCUCAGCUAAUCAGCUGAUGUUUCCUCAGAGGUACAGAGAGUCGGAGGCCGAGAUCAGGAGGCUGAAAGCACAACAUCACUUCCUGGAGAGGAUCGCGGAGGGUGUUCCCAGGUCGUGUGAGACUGUUUACACGAGAGCGAAGAAGAUGUUUGACGACAGGAACCACAUGGGGAGGUUCUCGGAGGAUGAGCUUCGUUCUCUGACAAAGUUACAGAAUCUCCAUGGUAACAACUGGAGGACGAUCGCUCAGAAGAUGAACCGCAGCGUCUACGCUCUACAGAAACGAUACAGCACCAUCGCUGAAGGUCGGGGGGCGUGGCAUGCAGAUGAGACUUCCCGGUUGCAGCAGGCACUGAAGGCUCACCUGGAGGACCUGGUCCAGCAGAGUCCUGGUCCUGGUCUGACACGGGCCCAGCUCUGUAACAACCUGCCCUGGAAGGAGAUCAGCCAGCAGGUCGGGACCAGGUCCUGGGUCCAGUGCCGGAUCAAGUGGUUCUCCCUGCUGAAGCUCCGGUUCUCUUCAGGACCCUCCAGUCUCUCCAGAGGAGCUGAAGGCCUCCAGACUAAAAUCCACCUGAUCAACACGUUGUACAACAUGCGUGUGGACGACGUGGCAGACAUUGACUGGGACGAGGUCGCUCAGACUGUCAGAGUGACUCCAGUUUGUGUUCAGAAAUGUUUCCACCGACUGAAAGUCUCCAGAGUUCAUAACUGGAACAGCCUGAACUACGGAGAGAUCAUCGACUUCCUGUGGCAGAGGGUACUUCCUGUGCUGGAGGACCGACUGAGCACGCUCAGACAGCGUCAUCAGACGCAGGACAGCAGCGAGGACGGAGAGGACCGCUUCCUGCUGAGUGACAUCAUCAGCUCGCCGGACGAGGACGACUUCACGGAGCUGGACAACAGUCACAUGGCCUCCAGUGCUCUGAGACCUGUUUCCAUGGAAACUGUGUCCGAGGCGUGAGCCAAUCAGCGCUCAGACUGUAAACAGGAGUUAUUAAUGAGUUAUUGGUUGGAUGAACAGGCUGUGAUGUUUCAUGUUUGUAAUAAAACAUUUUCUUUAAUA